UGAACGAGACCGAACUGCCCUCAGAGUCUCCACACACACACACACACACACUGACACACACACUGACACACACAGACACACACGCACACUCUUACAGCCAUGCAGGACGAACGAGAGAAGAGCUCUGAGAACAGGCCGGCUGCGGUGCAGGGCUCCCAGUCCCCGCCCUUGGGGCCGCCCUCCACAUGUAUGAACCCGGCCCUGAUGAGCGCUCCAUGGUACCGGUACCAGGAUGAAGACUCGCCGCCCCAGGACCUCGGCUUCCCCCGGCUGACCAAUGAGGUGCGUGCGCCGGAGCUGGUGCACGUGUCGGAGAAGAACCUGUCGGAGAUCGAGAACGUGCACGGCUACGUGUCCCACUCCCACAUCUCGCCGCUCAAGCCUGCACUGGUUACCCGUUAUGAUCUUACAUACCCGGGUGUGACAGCAGCAAACUACCUGGCCAGCCCCGCCCCAAUAAUAGUCAACACGGAGACCCUGGAGUCCGUACCCUACGUGAACGGGACAGAGAUCGAAUAUGAGUUUGAAGAAAUUACAUUAGAGCGGGGAAACUCAGGACUAGGCUUCAGCAUCGCUGGCGGCACAGACAACCCCCACAUCGGAGAUGACCCGGGCAUCUUCAUCACCAAGAUCAUCCCAGGAGGGGCUGCAGCUGAAGACGGCAGACUCAGAGUGAAUGACUGCAUCCUGCGGGUGAACGACGCAGACGUGUCGGAGGUGUCCCACAGUAAGGCGGUGGAGGCGCUCAAGGUGGCCGGCUCGAUCGUCAGGCUGUACGUCCGCCGCAGGAGACCCAUGCUGGAGACCGUGGUGGAGAUCAAGCUCAUCAAGGGGCCCAAAGGGCUGGGCUUCAGCAUCGCAGGAGGGGUGGGCAACCAGCACAUCCCCGGGGACAACAGCAUCUACGUCACCAAGAUCAUCGACGGCGGCGCCGCGCAGAAGGACGGCAGGCUGCAGGUCGGAGAUCGGUUACUCAUGGUAAACAACUACACUUUGGAAGAAGUGACUCACGAGGAAGCUGUAGCCAUAUUGAAGAAUACGUCUGAUGUAGUCUAUCUGAAGGUGGGCAAGCCUACCAGCGUUUACUUAUCCGAUCCCUAUGGGCCUCCUGAUAUCACACAUUCGUUCUCUCCAAUGGAAAACCAUAUCUCUUCCCCCGGCAACAAUGGCACCCUGGAGUACAAGUCCAGCCUGCCGCCCAUCUCCCCAGGAAGGUACUCCCCCAUCCCCAAACACUUGCUCGGGGAAGAGGACAUUAACAGGGAGCCCAGGAAGAUGGUGCUGCACAAGGGCUCCACGGGCCUGGGCUUCAACAUCGUGGGCGGCGAGGACGGCGAGGGCAUCUUCGUCUCCUUCAUCCUGGCGGGCGGGCCGGCCGACCUGAGCGGGGAGCUGCGGCGCGGAGACCAGAUCCUCUCGGUGAAUGGCAUCGACCUCCGCGGCGCGACCCACGAGCAGGCGGCGGCGGCACUGAAGGGCGCUGGCCAGACGGUGACCAUCGUCGCCCAGUACCGGCCGGAGGAGUACGGGCGCUUUGAGGCCAAGAUCCAUGACCUGCGCGAGCAGAUGAUGAACCACAGCAUGAGCUCCGGAUCCGGCUCCUUGCGAACCAAUCAGAAGCGGUCGCUCUACGUCAGGGCUUUGUUUGACUAUGAGAAGGCCAAGGAUAGCGGUCUGCCCAGUCAGGGCCUGAGCUUCCGGUACGGGGACAUCCUGCACGUGAUCAACGCCUCGGACGAUGAGUGGUGGCAGGCCAGGAGGGCCACGCCGGACGGAGACAGCGAGGAGAUGGGCGUCAUCCCCAGCAGGAGGAGAGUUGAGAGGAAAGAGAGAGCGCGACUGAAGACGGUGAAAUUCAACGCCAAACCUGGCAGCAUCGAUUCUAAAGGGUCGUUUAGUGAAAAGCGUAAAAAGAGCUUCAUCUUUUCACGCAAGUUCCCGUUCUACAAGAACAAGGAGCCGGGGGAACAGGAUGGCAGUGACUCGGAACGGAGUCAAGAGGAUUUGAUUUUGUCUUAUGAGCCUGUCAUGCGGCAAGAAAUUACCUACGCCCGGCCAGUCAUCAUUCUUGGACCAAUGAAGGACCGAGUGAACGAUGACCUGAUCUCUGAGUUCCCCGACAAAUUUGGCUCAUGUGUGCCACACACGACACGACCGAAGCGGGAUUACGAGGUGGACGGCCGAGACUAUCACUUUGUGACCUCCCGCGAGCAAAUGGAAAAAGACAUCCAAGAGCACAAGUUCAUCGAGGCGGGGCAGUACAACGACAAUCUUUACGGAACCAGUGUACAGUCUGUCAGAUACGUGGCAGAACGGGGGAAGCAUUGCAUAUUGGAUGUGUCUGGGAACGCCAUUAAACGGCUACAAGUAGCACAACUCUACCCAAUUGCCAUCUUUAUAAAGCCCAGGUCCAUAGAAUCAUUAAUGGAGAUGAACAAGAGGCUGACGGAGGAGCAGGCGAGGAAGACGUUUGACCGCGCCAUGAAGCUGGAGCAGGAGUUUGGCGAGUUUUUCACAGCUCUUGUUCAAGGAGAGACCUUAGAGGACAUUUAUACCCAGUGCAAAAUGGUGAUCGAGGAGCAGUCUGGACCUUAUAUCUGGAUUCCCUCAAAAGAAAAACUUUAAGGAACAGAGAAUCAUGGCAGGGAUUAUGGACUGCAAAAAAAAGUAGAAAUAAUUUGUAAUAUAUGAUAAAUUAUUGCGGCGAUGGUAAUUGUUAAUGAUAGUGAAUAAUACUAACUUUUUUUGUUACGUUUCUUUGUUUUUUGUUUUUGUUUUUCACUUUCAAUAUGAAUGUUCCUGAAUGUACACCACAAAGUGUUAGAAACAUGGCCUCGAAAACAGACUGUUUGUAUACUUAUUCAUUAGCAUUUUUAUUUGAGCAAGGCAAGUUCAACACAGUCAGCAGUUGGAAUAGGUCCAUGCAAACAGCAGGAACGAUCUCAAGCAAGAGGGACAGAGAGAAGAGAUGGAACGAUCCGGAUAAUCUCACCAACACGUGGGUGAGAAGAGACCCAGUCUAUUCUCACCCUUCCUCUCCAGCCACCAAACCUCAAGAAGCCUGAAGAGUUUCCAUGUCGCAUUAGUGGUUGACACAUUUCUGAUGAAUUUCGCAUCUAUGCACUCACAUGGCCCAUGGACAAGUUAUGUUUGAAACCCUUCCUCCUGUCACAAGUCAUUAUUAGUUUUUUUUUAUUAUUAUUUAAUUUAAUUCAUUACAUUGUCAGAUUUUAUUUUGAAGAUGUUCCUUUGGGAGAUUUCUCGUUUGAAAUUGUACAUUUGACAAAUUGUGUUUUAAAAAGAUGCUUUAAAAGUAUACAAAGGGAAACAACUAGAAAUAGGAAAUAUGACACUAUAUUUAUAUUUUGUAUUGAUAGAGGGCACAACAGCACAGGAAAAUAUUUAUAAUGAAGAUAUAUAACUUUGUUUAAAAAGAAACUUAAAAAUGUAUUUUACUUGUACGAUGUAGUGGUGUUAUUGUGUAGAUGUAGUAAUUGAUGGGGAUGCUGUGUGACGCUACAUAAAUACUUAGUGGUCCCUCGUCCACUGUGGCCCAGGAGGGAGGCGUCUGUGUAACGCUGCACUGUGGUGACCAACACGUUUCCGCCGAAAUCCAGAGCUGUAAAACAAGUCUCCUGCCCUCCUCGCCUGUGAGAGCUUUGUUGGAGGCAGGGAGGACUGGACCCUGUGCUGUGUCCACCUCCGUGCUGAAGAGAGGAGGAUCUGCAGAGAGAGAGAGAGAGAGAGA